UCAGCAAGGUCAUAUGAAUCGCGGCCAUAGGUACAAUCUGUUUGGCGAUGGCCGCAGAAUUCGGCAAAUUCCGCGUUGAUCUCGUCAACGACCUCGACGUUCGCAGCCCCUUCCAUCUUGUAUUCGCGAUGGUCAAUCCAGUGGACUUUAAAGGCUUGGGCCCCGCUGAUGAGCUUGGGUUUACCAUGGCUGCGGGCUCGAAGCUGCCCGAUCUUGAGCUUGUCAGAGCAGAAGCUUCGCGAGUCCCGGACGUUAUACGCAACCCUCGAGGUCCAAAUUGUACUGUGUUCCUCGGGUCUGGUGAGAAGGUGGUGCAGAUCUGCCUGUCUUUGGCCUACAGUCUCGACUUCCCGAACUUGGUCAAGUACGCUAUCCAUAGCGAUCCAGAUAAGGUGCCGAAGGAUAUCCUUCAUGAGUGUAUCUGGGCUGGCGAGCGGUUCAUAUGGGGCGCCGAAGCUUCGUCGGUAGAGCAGCUCCGUUGCGCAGGAGUACUACCUUCGGAUGGGACUCAACUCCAUCGCACACUGCUGAUACAGGCGACCCGUUCCAACUUGGUCAAUCAUUGCUUACUCCCAGAAAUUGAUCGGCCUGUUGAGGCGCUUGGUCACUAUCGUGCAUUUCUACGAACGAACAGUACAAACUUAGGUGCCACCGAGGAUUCAUGGGCGAAAGAUCCCAAUGGAUUGUUCUCGUAUGCUAUCGUGCUCGCGCGGGCGCGAACUGCCGAUGCUGAGGCUUUGGCGAUACUGAACAGAGCCAUUGCUCCCGGGUCCGGCCUUGUAUCCAGCCAGGUAGCGCAGUGCAAGGUUUAUCUUGCUCGCGUCCUACGCCGUCUUGGUGAGGACCAAGAAGCGGAGCCUCUGGAGCGUUUUUGCAUAACAUGGUUCAAGAAGAACCCGCACACACUACAGGAACAAGCGCUGAUGCAAUUGUUUGCCGUCGACAUCGAUCCGCAGACCGACCCCAUUAUCCUGGGGCUAGGAGGUCUGGAUUGGCUGAAAAAUCGCAGGGUAACUGCAAGGACGCAGCAACGCAUUGUUCGGCUCUGCCGAAACUGCAGUAAAAUGGAACCCCAAGUCAAGCUAAUGCAAUGCUCCCGGUCUCAUCAGCACACAAGCUCGCGCGAAUGUCAGCAGGCCCAUUACCCCUACCACAAGAACACAUGCAAGGAAAAAGCUGAGGCCUUGAAGCGCAUUUCUGAGCUGAAGGCUUCCGGCCAGAAGUCGGACGCACGUCUUGCCAAGCGAUGGAAAGACUUCUGCGAUACCCCAGGCAAUCCUGCCCAUAACGUCCUGCUGGCAAGCGCCCUCGGACUCCAGCGCGAUCAGAAUCGCUCGCGCACGCAUAUAGUCAUGAGAGUGGUUGAGCAUCAGCCGCGUGCGAAGGAGCCGUUCGAUUAUUUCCGCUACACCCGUGUCGGCGUCUACAAGAUCGAGGAUGUCUACAUGGAAAUCGAAGGUAUACUGAACCUCGAAGGAGGCGAAGGCCGCCAGUACAUCAAAGAGAUGCUUGACGAAUUCGACCAUGGGCCUGGAAAGACGAAGCCUGACGGCGUCACAGCACAUCCCAUCUUGCAUCUGACGUUCUCCCCCGUUCCCGGGUCCAGAGAGAGAAUACUGGGAUGCAGGCCAUGUCGACCAGGCAAUACGAUUCCGCAUGACCCGGACUGGCGUAAGAAGAUGAACAGGACUGGCGACUCCCCCGCCACACUCGCCCAGUUCUUCCAAGGUGUUCAGGAUGCAGAACAUAUAUUUUGAUAAGACAUGUACUAAAGUCUGUAUUGCGGAAAGGAGGAAUGAAAUGGAUCAUGGUUUGCCUCGUACA